GGAACCCCUGGAGUCAGGCAACAAGAUGCCACUGCGGCUGGCACGUUGCAAUGGCAAAUUGCAAGUUAAGGGGAAAGAUGUAUCCGGCUGGCCCUAGUGGAAGUUCAUCAUGUGGAUGGCGGAAAAGCCGCUCAGUGUCAGGUCCACAAGGGUUGGGUACGGGUAUGGAUAUGAAUACGACCGGUUUUUAGAAGAAGGCUAGACGUGUGCACUUGACUUCAUUGGGGCAAUAGGCGUGGGAUCCUAGGAAUACAUCACAUCGUUCAGCCCAGAGGAGAUUGUGUCAGCCAACUAUUUGUGGAAUAAGGCGCCAUUACCAUUGUAUGAUGCUAUAUAAGGCGAUCUCAGCAUGUCUUCUGGAGGCACUUGGAACUUGAAUGUUACGCCAGCCAACGAGGAAAUACGAAAGAAGGGAUAGUUUCGAGCUACAUUGUCGACUGUAAUAUCGAUUUUUAUUUCACUUCACUCGAGGGACGCCGGCAGUGCCUCCUCCCUUCCACUGCCAGGUAUCUAUUCACGCUGGUCUUACAUCGACCCCCUGGAGCAAUCCAAUAGUAUGGCUUGCUUGCCAUUACCAAGCGGGAAGUGGCAGCUCGUUUGCUUGACUCUGGUCAACUCUGUAUCUAUGGCACACUUUGGCUACGACCAGGGAAUCUUUGCUGGUGCCCUCAUAUCGACUAAUUUCCUCGAGAUAUUUCCAGAAACGAAGGAUCCAGGUAUCUCGGGCAUUACGUCCAGCUGUUUCUCUCUCGGUGCUUUCUUCGGCUGUCUUGCAUCGUUCUCGCUUGGUGAUAGACUUGGGCGGAAGCGAUCUAUCUACAUUGGACUCGUUGUCAAUGUUGUUGGUGUUGUCUUGCAGAUUACAGCUUACCAUUUACCUCAGAUGAUUAUCGGCCGGCUCGUCAACGGAUUUGGCAUGGGAAUUACGUCUUCGACUUGCCCUGUGUUCAUGGCGGAGGCCUCCCCAUCUCAUAUAAGGGGCAAACUUGUUGUCCUAGGCUCGCUUUCAAACACGGUGGGAUUCUGCAUAGCGAACUGGAUAUCUUAUGCCUUAUAUAACAACAAUGGGCCAUUCCAGUGGCGGUUUCCUUUAGCUCUCCAGCUGAUAUUCUCAGCCAUCGUAGUAACGUUUCUAUCGUUCACCAUUGAGUCACCGCGAUGGCUUUUGCUACGAGGAAGAUUCGAAGAGGCUCGAGCAACACUCGCUAGAUUGCGAACAACGGUGCAUGAUCCCGACGACCAAACCUUGAACGAUGAUAUCAAAUCGAUCCAGAAGGCACUUGAGAUGGAGAAAUUAGCUCGUAUAUCCCUGGUAGACGCUUUACUCUGCAGAGAUCCCCUGCACACCACUCGCCGGUUAUUGCUUAGCUGCGGGACUCAACUGAUGCAACAGUUUAGUGGCGUUAAUGCACUAGGUUAUUACCUUCCCACCCUGUUCCUGUCAGUCGGGGUGUCGAACUCAUAUGCAAGGUUACUUGCCGGAGCGAAUGCCAGCCUCUACUUAGGAGCGGCUUUUCUAUGUUUGGUUCUAAUCGACAUAGUUGGACGACGCAAGCUUAUGAUGUACGGCUCUGCCGCGAUGGGAUCUUGUUACCUUAUUGCCGCGAUCACACUAAAGGAGGCAAAGCUUCAUCCGGAACGGAAGACUGUUCUUGGCAAAGUAACAGUCUCCAUGUUCUUCGUUUACUACUUCUGCUACGGUACAAGCUUUGCUAAGGUCCCUUGGGUCUAUAACUCUGAAAUAAACAGCCUUGGGUGGCGUACUAGGGGAGCUGCCCUCGCCACUGCAACGAACUGGAUGAGCGGAUUUGUCAUAGUUCAAUUCACCAAGACUGGGGUGGACAACCUCGGAUGGGGAUUCUACCUUCUCUUCGCUGGAUUCUGCUGGUCAUUCUUACCGAUCGUCUUCUUAUUCUAUCCGGAAACCUCACGUCGAACCCUCGAAGAUAUGGACGAGAUGUUUAGGCAUCAUGACAACCUACUGGUAUUUAGGGGACGCAUCGCCGAGUCUUCUACUCCUGAGCAGGAGCCUUAGGGCGUCCAUGAUAUGAUAUCCAAUCGUUAUUCUGCAUAUCUAUGCUUGCGGCAUACCUACUUAGCUAUAGAAAGAACGGUAUAUUAUCCAGAUGCAUUAAUCCGAUGUCACGUCUCAUUUCUAUUGUCUACUUGUCGAAGUACUGCAUUCAAGGUUACCGACACCUUCUCACUAUACCGG